GUCUGGCCCAAGCGCGCGUGCCCAGCCCAGCUGGACGCCCGAGGGCGCCGAUCUGCAAGGGCACUGCCCCCGAGGGUGCUGCGCCUUCCUCGCGCCGCAAUGGCGAGGCGCAGCCGCGCGGCCGCCGGCGUCCUGGCGGCGUGCGCCCUCGCGGCGGGCCUGGCGCUGCUCGCCCGCUCGUGCGCGACCCCGUUCGUCAGCGGGCGGCCGGAGGUCCGGAGGCUGGCGGUCGCGAUGCACUUCUUCAACAGCGAGCCGCCGCCGCCCCCGAAGCCGAAGGUCGAGGAGAACUCGGCCGCGAAGGCCGUCGAGCAGGUCGUUGUGAACACGGCCGCCAUCGGCCUCGUCCUGCUGCCUGCCGGCGCCUUCCUGUGGUACUGGAACUCGCCCGUCGGCCCAGGCGGAGGUGGCGGCGACCCCAGCGCCACGGGCAUGCGCGGCGUGUGA